AUGGCUACAGCUGCAGCGGAGCCGAAAGAAAAAGCGCACUGGACACCCGAGGAGACAUUCGCCCUUAUCAAAAUAUGGGAAGACCAUCUCCAUGACUUAAGAAGGGCGAAGCGCAACGCAAAAGUGUACCAGUUGAUUGCUGAAAAGCUGCUCGAUGCUGGCGUCAGCAAGACUUUGAAAGAGACGAAGACAAAGAUCGAAAAUCUAGCAAACAAGUACAGAGACAUCAACAAGAAAAAGGGCACUGGGCAAGGCCGUGUCACUUGGCCCUAUUACUGGGAAAUUCACAAGUUCCUCAGUGCCUUACCAAUGAAUAACCAGCGGGAAAUGGUGGAAAGCCAGUGCAACACUGUGGAGGAGAUCAUCCACCAAAUGGAGAAUGAUCACAGAAGCGAAGACGACGGGGACGCAGCCGCCAACAUGAAUGAGGAUAUGGCAUAUCCUACACAGGAUGACGCAUCUGAAACACCAUCAGAAACUUCGUGUCGUGCGCUUUCAUCUCCUGUUGACGCUGGACCUUCACAAACUGGGACUCCCCAGCAAAAUGCUUGUCGCCAGAGCUUACUGGGGCCUCGCGAAAGGAGAAAGAGGCAGCCAUCGAAUGCAAAUCUGCUUGCGCAGCUCAUUGAGGAGCAACGGCAGCUGCGUCUUUAUGUUUAGAAAAAGGCAUGCAGAAAGAAGAAAAGUUCAGAGAGAAGCAGAUUCAGCUGCAGGAAGAAAGUGCGCAGCGUGAAAAUUUAUUUUUGGCGUGUUUGCGGGAUUUGGGCAAAAAGUAAAUGUUCAAUGCCUGCA